GGAAGGGGUGCUUCCUCUACAGUCUGGGUUGAGCUACUGAGGUAUCCCAGCCGACAGCGACAGCAAACCUUGGUAUAAAGAGCUGCGUCGGAGGGGAAACCCUCCUGAGUGCCUUUCAGCCGCAGCAUGACCAGGACCAAGAGCCUGAGCGUGCGGACUUGACAAAACAAUGUCCAGCCUACAAGUCACGCCACCCAGCACUCAGCACCUCAUCAUGGACAGAGGGGACAGCAGGAGAAACAAGAACAUUGGAAAGGACUUCAUGUGCCGACUACAGUGCAUGUUCUCACAGUCAUCGAGCCCUGAGAGCAGGCUAAGUUUAGAAGACACCCAACAAUGGUCACAGUCACUGGAACGGCUGCUGGAGUCUAAAUAUGGACUGGCUACUUUUCGAAACUUCCUCAAAUCUGAAUUCAGCGAUGAGAACAUUGAAUUCUGGCUCACCUGCGAAGACUACAAGAAGUGCAGAUCUUCGUUCAAGAUGUCCUCAAAAGCCAAAAAAAUAUACGAGCAGUUCAUCAAAGCAGAGUCACCUAAAGAAAUCAACAUCGACUAUCACACUCGAGAGCAGAUCAAGAGGAGCGUGAAGACCCCCACCUUGCAAUGCUUUGACGAUGCUCAGAAGAUCGUUUAUGGGCUGAUGGAAAGAGACUCGUACCCGCGGUUCCUGCGCUCGGACAUUUAUAAAGCUCUCCUGGACAGCCUGGCUGCUGACGCCUCAAAUGUAUGAGAGCACGGCUGGGAGGAGAGGGAAGGGACCUGAAAAGCCUGCAGCUGGAAUGCUUGAGCUCUUCCAGGACAAGAAACUGACAAGAAAGAAGGACCGGGGGUUAAACUGAGGUUUCACACCUCAGCAUAGAAACACAAGAAGAGGACCCCUCUACACACACAUACACACUAAACACCUGAGGACUGGGAACAGAAAGAACCCCAUAUGUAGAAUGUGUUUGCACUGGAUUACAGGAUUCUGUUCCACACCUGAACAUUUUCUGAAUGAAUCAGCAGGACUCCCGACUUUACGGCUGCAUGACAAGUCAUUCUACAGACGCCCUCUGACCUUUUAGCAGCGGCGGAGCCAUCGCAAACAGAAGGUGUAAGAGGCGAUGAUCACGUUUGAUCAAAUCUGUUUGUGUGGAAAAGAGAGUGAACCAUUCGUUUACCAUGACACGUAAGCACCAUUUACCAAAAAUAAGCUGUCGCAGAAGAGCUGGCCACUUGUGUGGGGACGGCACUGAGAAGACCCACGACAGGCAGAGAAUUCAUCACUUAUCUGUCAUUCUUAGCAAAACAAGAAGAAGUCACUGCUUCUUUCCUUUUAACCUUGAUUUCUAAAACUGAUGCAUGUAUAUUUUUCUAGAUUUAAGCUGCCUACAGAUUUUGGCAUUUUGUGCCAAACAUCUCGUUUAUUCAAAACUGCAUAGCAGAAUCCAGGUGAAAAAAAA